AUGUCAUUCGGUACUGUAUUUUUGCAACUUGAAGGUCGGUAUCAGUCGCAACCUACCGGAUCAACAGCGGAAAUAAGUGCAGAAAAUACAAAAAUUUCCGUGGUAGAAAAUUCCAUAGAGAAAAUACCGUAACUGGAAAGUACCAGUAGUGAGGCUCCUAUUGCCAAACAGUUCCAUAUCGUACCGACAACGGCGAAAAGAAGUACCGAGUCGAAAUUUUCGAAAAGGGCCCUGUUAGGCAUAAAAUAACCCGCAUCAAAAAUGAUAGGUGGUAGAAGAUAUAAGAAGAACACAUGA